UAUUCUAUUAGGAUACAGGGGCCGGGCGAAUAACAAGUCCUACUCCUACUUCACCUCUCUUGUUCUUGAAGAAAACUUUAGCAUCUUCAAAAAACACAUCAGAGCAGCGAGAAAUCAAACACAAAAAUGGCAAUUGAUCACGAAGAUGAGCUCAAGGACGAGAAGAAUCCUCCACCACUUGACGAAGAUGAUAUCGCUCUCUUGAAAACCUAUGGAUUGGGACCUUACUCAUCCAGCAUCAAGAAAGUGGAGAAGGAAAUUAAGGAGAUGGCGAAGAAAGUCAAUGACUUAUGUGGAAUUAAGGAGUCUGAUACUGGAUUAGCAACUCCUAGCCAAUGGGACUUGGUCUCUGACAAGCAAAUGAUGCAAGAAGAACAACCUCUCCAGGUUGCAAGAUGUACCAAGAUCAUCAGUCCAAACACGGAAGAUGCUAAGUAUGUUAUUAAUGUGAAGCAGAUUGCAAAGUUUGUUGUUGGGCUGGGUGAUAAAGUAUCUCCAACUGAUAUCGAAGAAGGCAUGCGUGUUGGGGUUGAUAGAAACAAGUACCAGAUUCAGAUUCCCUUGCCACCAAAGAUUGAUCCCAGUGUGACCAUGAUGACAGUGGAGGAGAAGCCAGAUGUGACGUAUAACGAUGUGGGUGGCUGCAAAGAGCAAAUUGAGAAGAUGCGAGAAGUUGUUGAAUUACCCAUGCUUCACCCAGAAAAAUUUGUUAAGCUUGGGAUAGAUCCUCCUAAGGGUGUGCUAUGCUAUGGCCCUCCUGGCACUGGAAAAACACUUUUGGCUAGAGCUGUUGCUAAUAGAACUGAUGCAUGCUUCAUUCGAGUUAUUGGCAGUGAGCUAGUCCAGAAGUAUGUUGGUGAGGGUGCUCGGAUGGUUCGUGAGCUAUUUCAGAUGGCAAGGUCAAAGAAGGCAUGUAUUGUUUUCUUUGAUGAAGUUGAUGCCAUUGGAGGUGCUCGUUUUGAUGAUGGUGUGGGAGGAGACAAUGAGGUUCAACGUACCAUGCUUGAAAUUGUGAACCAGCUUGAUGGGUUUGAUGCUCGUGGAAACAUUAAAGUUCUUAUGGCCACAAACAGACCUGACACACUAGACCCUGCUCUCUUGCGUCCUGGAAGAUUGGACAGAAAGGUUGAGUUUGGCCUUCCUGAUUUAGAGGGUAGGACACAAAUUUUCAAGAUCCAUACCAGGACAAUGAAUUGUGAAAGGGAUAUCCGAUUUGAGCUACUUGCUCGCCUUUGUCCAAACUCCACAGGUGCUGACAUUAGAAGUGUGUGCACCGAAGCCGGAAUGUAUGCAAUUCGUGCUCGUAGAAAGACGGUGACAGAGAAAGAUUUCCUUGAUGCAGUAAACAAAGUCAUCAAGGGUUACCAAAAGUUCAGUGCUACUCCCAAGUACAUGGUUUACAACUAAAAAAUUCUUGUUACAAGAGCCUGCCUGAUAAUUCCAAUAUCACUCCCAUGGAUAGCAAUUUCCUGCACUAUCGUCUGGACGCUGGCACCAAAUGGGAACUUAAUGCAAGUCAAUAGCAGUUCUACUAAGAGGUCUAUUGAAUAUUUGUGCUGGAAGUUCCAUUUAUUUGUAGUUUCAAACAAAGUUUGGGUUCGGCAUGUGGUUAGUUAGCUGAAGUGAGUCUUUUGUUGCCAGACUGAUCUACAAUUUAGGGUGUUCUGGGACUUCUGGUUGUUAUCUUUUUUUACUGUAUAAUUUAGAAAUUUGUAAUGACUACCAAAUGUUGGCCUUUUUCCCUGUUUUCCCUUCAAAUGUUGCUAUUAUUAGAAAGAACUGGUUUAUAAAAAUCGGAGAAGAGUUCUUCCGGUGAAUGUUCUUCAUUCA